AGUUUUUGUACUAACACAAGUCGGUCGCUCAAAAUUUUGUUUCCUUACAAAAAAUUCACCGUGUUAUUGCUCGAAUAUUUAUAAAAUAUAUUUUAAAAUUUAACAAUGUGUAAAUCGUGUGAGGAACAACCAGUUCGGUGCUGCUCAAUUUUCUAUGCCACUUUCUGCAUUUCAUGCGGUCUCUUCAUGCUCAUUUUUUCGGUUCACAAUGUAAUACUUUUGAAAAGCUCAAUUACAAUCCUGGAUUUCUAUUUGCAUAUGCAUGGUGCUGAAAUGUCUCCCUCAACUUUCCGCAUCCUUUACUCGCUGGAUUUGGUUUUUGCCCUUACGUACGUCAUUGCUGGAACUUUACUAGCUGUUGGAAUCCACCAGAACGUAAAGGGGGUUUUCUUUGCUGGCAAGAUCAUAAGCUAUUUCUUUCCAAUCUAUAACGUCCUUUAUGUAUUUCCUUUAAUUGUGCACAUUGCCGCCACAGUGAAAUUGUGCAGAUAUCAUAAAGAGAACUUUAAUUAAAUUAAUUGGGUAUAAGUAAGCGUAGGGGACUGGAAAGGAUUAAGAUUGACUGCAGCUAUUGCUUGACGUACUUUACGCUUAUUUUAUGUAUUUGAUUCACAACCACUGUGCACAACAAGGCUAAUAUUUCUUUUAUACAAUUUUGAAAGAGUCCGCACUACAAUUAAGAACACAGCAUAUAUACGCGGUAAUAUUAUGCUGCACGGUCUUAGAAAAGAAAUAUCAUAUUGUCUGCGAUCAUUCCGUUUACAUCAUUUGUACUUUGUAAAACUAGUCAGCAGUAUAUGGAAAACGUGGAAAUUCGAAGUGACUACGAAACGAAUGGACUAAAAUUUGCAAUGCAAUUCGAAAUUUAUCAGCAAACAAAUUUAAAACACUUGUCCGUACCAAGUGAAAUAUAAAUUAUCUUAAUAUAAAUAAAAGGGUUUCCCAGCCGUGUUGUUAUGGAA